AUGCCUCCUCUGACAGGCUUCUCCGACAAUCCACUGCUUACUCGAGACGACCUUAUCAAAGCGACCCUCGCCUUGAUCGAGCCGCUGCUACCAUACUUCUCCCCUGCCAAGGGACGUAUCCGUGUGCCGACUACCACUGGCACACAUUUCGAUGAGGUCGCCGCUCAAUUUGAAGGCUUCGCUCGACCACUGUGGGCAGUCGGCGCCCUACUAUCAGGAUGCAGCAGCAUCGCUGAUGCAGAGCUUCGUAAGCGAGUCAUGGACGUCACUCAGCCUUGGAUUGAUGGAGUCGUCUCUGGAACGGACCCUCAGCAUACGGAUUAUUGGGGCGCCGUCGACCAGAUGGAUCAGAGGAUGGUAGAGGCUGAGAUCUUCUCCUAUGCUCUGUUAGCAGCGCCUGAACAAUUCUUCGAGGCUUUGAGCAAGGAGCAGAAAGCCAACGUCACUUCCUGGCUCAAGUCAAUGAAUGGCAAGCAGAUGCCUCCUACUAAUUGGCGUUGGUUCAGAGUCUUCUCUAAUCUUGCCCUGAUCAAAGUCUGCGGAGAGCCACUGCAUCACGUCUCAAAAGAGCUCGAAGCCGACUUGGACAUCUUGGACACGUUUUACAUCGGCCAUGGAUGGUCAGCUGAUGGUCCUUGGCAAACAGUCGACCAAGCAGCCGCAGAGCAAGAUCUCGCAGAGUCUACUGGUCGCAGAGAUGCCAUAGGGAUUGGUCGACAAGCGGAUUAUUAUUCGGGCAGUUUUGCCAUCCAGUUCAGUCAGCUUCUAUACUCCAAAUAUGCGAACGACAUAGACGCACAAAGAUGUGAAAAAUAUCGUCAGCGUGCUCGAGAGUUUGGGAUGGAUUUUUGGAGAUAUUUUGACGCAGAAGGUUCGGCUAUUCCUUUUGGACGCUCAUUGACAUACCGCUUCGCAUGCGGUGGCUACUUCGCUGCUCUGGCUUUCGCAGGAGUUCCUGAUGUGCCGGAGCCAUUGUCCUCUCUUGGCGCCAUCAAGGGGUUUCUGCUUCGUCACUUACGAUGGUGGGCCACGAACUCCGAUGACAUAUUCAACGUGGAUGGCACCCUCAAUAUCGGAUGGCUCUAUCCAAACAUGUAUAUGGCCGAAGACUACAACUCCCAACAAUCGGUCUAUUGGUGCUUGAAGUCUCUGAUAGUGGUUGCGCUGUCCGCUGACAGUGCAUUCUGGACGGCACAAGAGUCGCCGUACCCGCGACAAGCGCAGACUGUCGUGAUUGUUUCAGCACCGCAACAAAUUCUCUGCAAUGCGCCCCAGGGCAACCAUCAUUUCAUGCUAACCCCAGGACAAUUCGUUGCAUGGCCAAUGAAAGCCAACCAAGCGAAAUACUGUAAGUUCGCAUACUCGUCCGCCUUUGGCUUCUCCGUACCGACCGGUCCACUAUUGCAACAGAUAUCGCCCGACAAUCAGCUCUUAAUUAGUCGAGACGGAGCUGAGUCGUGGGCCACCAAGUGGAAAUGUGAACCUGUCAAGUUCCGCACUAUAUCAGUGGCGUCGAGCGCAGGAAUCAGCAUUGCCUUGCCGACUGCUCAAGUCAAGUGGUAUCCAUGGAGUGAUCGAGCUGUCAGCGUUGACACUGUGCUCAUACCACCCAAUGAGAGAUGGCCUGACUGGCAUGUCAGAAUUCAUCGCAUCAAGGCCCUGAAGCACGUUCCUUCUGUCCACAUCGUCGAGGGCGGUUUUGCAAUUCACAGCCGUCAAAGGAAGAACCUCAUGCAUCUGUCAGUCGGAGGACUAAUGCCAGAGUCUUUAAUAGGCUCUGUGGAGACAGCCAUCUCGAACGAUGACUCUACAGUGGUGGCUUCUUUUGACGGCGCGAGCGGUAUCUUGACCCAGAUCAAGUCGUUUUUCCCUUUUGUCCUUCGAAGCUCCGCGUUGAGAGCGGACGCAAACACCAAUCUUGUGCGACCGCGCACUGUGAUUCCAGCUUCGUCGAUCGAUAUGAGAACUGGUCUUCGUGAAGGGCACGAAAUCUACGUGAUCAGCUCAAUAUUUGCCAUAUCUACACGAGCAAAUGGUGGUCAUCAGCCCACUGGGCCAACGCUUAAACAGAAGUGGGACGAUGCUCCCGUCAUCGAUUUGGACAACCUUGGCAAAUACCUAAAAUGA